AUGAUUGCACGAUUGCCAGCAGUCAUCUUGGUUCUAUACCGCACCUUUCAGCUCAGUGAUGCCUCUUUCAACUUUUCUCCCUACCUCGUGUGCGCCCAGACUUAUCUUUACAGCAAUGCCCCGGCUGAAUGCGACUAUGGGGAUACGAGCGUCGAAUCAACCACCGAGGAAGACAUAUGCCUGUGUUCCAGUGCCAGCUUCCUCGACGGUGUCGCGCGGGACGUCUGGCAAAACUGCGGCUGCGAAGCCCUGACAAACACGGCGAACCAGAUUGUCAAUGUCUGCAUGGAAUACAAUGUUGACCCAUUAAUCUUCAACGUCCUCAUCGUCCCCUUCUACAUCUACCGAGCCAGCAACGGCACCUCCAUCGCCGCCCUCCAACACUUCUCCCUCCACCCUUUCAACUAG